UCUGCCCUCUGGCCCUCUCUGGAUCUCCCUCACUUUUCAAACACACACACACAAAUGUCCACCAGAACCCCCCGUUCUAGACGCUCCCCUCUUCCUUCUACCACCAUCUCUGACCACCAGAUUGCUGAUUUAAUCUCCAAAUUACACCGACUCAUCCCUCAGAUUCGUAAUCGACGUUCCUCCUCCUCCACGGUAUCAGCUUCGAAGAUUCUACAAGAGACUUGCAACUUCAUAAGAAGCUUAGAAAGAGAGGUGGAUGACUUGAGCGAGCGACUAUCAGAGCUAUUGGCGUCCACAGACCCUGAAAGUGCUCAGGCUGCCAUACUUAGAAGCUUACUUAUGUAAUGAGUAUCACAACUCCAUCCCAGGUUUCUUCUUCUAUACACAAUUUGGUGCUCAGCAGUGAAGCCUCAGAUGUGGAUUUCCCUACACACACCUAUUUCAAACCCUCCAUCUUUACCCGCCAUGCAAUUAAUUAAUUAAUUAAUUAAUAUAACUUUUAUUAUCAACGGUGAGAAGAAGUUUAUAUUGUUCCAUAAUGUAUGUUAUAAGGUUUUGCAUGUGAUGAUAAUAUCAUGUUUAUUUAAUUAUCAUAAGGUUU